AUGACCAAGAAGAGAAGCUGGAAGAACAACAAAACUGUGGUACUCACCGAAGAAUACAGUGCCAUCAUUCAGCACAAAUUGCCCCAGAAAUUGAAGGAUCCUGGGAGUUUCCAAAUCCCCUGUAUCAUAGGGGAAAUCACAGUGGAGAAUGCUUUAUGUGAUUUGGGAGCUAGCAUAAAUCUGAUGUCCUUAGCAAUGAUGCGAAAAAUGAGGAUUGAGGAGGCCAAAUCAACAAGAAUGGCCCUGCAAUUAGCAGACCGAUCAUUUAAGUUUCCUCACAGAAUAGUAGAAGACUUGUUGGUGAAGGUGGAGACUUUAUCUUUCCAGCAGACUUCGUAG